AUGGCCUUUGCGGUGCUGAUCACGUUCUGUCGCGACAUUGGAGCCAUGGCAGGUGAAGAUACCGGAACUGUGACUACCCUUGUUACGGAGUUUGCUUGUAGUCAGGCAGCCCCUACGCCCAUUCACAAACGAUCCACUGUGGUAUCCCCCGGCGACUUCCCCAUCUGCACCGACCUCAGCGGUCCCUUUCGACCUUUCUGUCUUCCUGAGGAUGGAACCGAAGUGACGGUCGAUGCUACAUACUAUGUGACCUGGAACGCCGACUUUUAUCCUUUGAACGCCACUAUCACCAUCGAGCUGAGAUACUUGAACUCUUCCGAGGGCGAUUCGGCAUACACGUCUGAGAGGAUUGACAACAGCUAUGGCUAUACCCACAUUCGUAUGCGUGAAGGUUGGCUUCAAGGGAAGCAGCGGAAUGCUUUGACGCUCUACAUAAUCGAGUUAGAUGCCGUGUCAAACAAGCGAGCCAGUGCUCGACAGGGACCAACUAUCUUACUCCACAUUCGACCCACGGAGCACCGCAAGCCUUCUCCUCAGCUACCAUUCAACAGACUCGCGUUGUACAUUGGCCUUCCCGUCAGCCUUGGGGUUGUGAUACUUGUGGUGGCCGGUCUGUACUUUGGAAUGCGAGAGAGUAGGCAGAUCGACCUUGCGAAUAUCAUGAGCUGCGGAGAGAAAGGCUAUGGGAUCGCGAAGUCCAGGAACCAGCGCCUAGGUUCGAAAGCAGACGAUUGCGAAGGGUCAGAUGCGUCCUCGGCAUUGGGAAGAUAUACAGAUGAGAUUGACUCUGGUAUGUCAGAAAUGCUCCAGUCUGAGCAUUGUGACCUGGAUCACAAUGCAAGUUUUGCAUUCCGGCGGGAUUCCUCCAAGCUAAGGAGCUGGAGGGUCUGA